AUCAGACGCAAAAAGGGAGCGCAGCUGUCAAGAACCAAAGUAAAAAGACACAUAAACAAACAGAAACUUUAACACUGGAACUGGAACUCGGAAAUCUUGAUCCGUCAGUGUGCUGUAGCGCCUUUGUUUCAACCCCUGCAGACCUAUGCACAAAGAAAUGAAAAGAAAAUAUAAAGAAAUGAUUCAAGCCAAAGGCGAGUCGCGCUAAAACUGUCAAAAGAAAAUACAGUAUAAUUCAAACGGGAAACGCCGCAGUGGCUCUGAAAGGAAAUACCCCGGCACAUAGGUCGGGAGCGGUAGGGUGCAUGCGCGACGUGGCCGCGCGGUCCAGCUUCUCAAUCGCGGCGGGCGCGAGCAGUCGCGACUCGAACGUAAGCGGGAGCCCUUACACCGUUCGAGAUUCGAACGCGCUGUGUUCGAAAUAUGAAACUUUUUGAAAUGGUAAAGGAAGAAAAGUAAUUUUUAAAUGGCCAGUGUCGUUUCGUUUCACUGAGUAAUUAGUGGUCGAAGAUGAUUUUAAGAAACUUAGUGAUGAAGUGGUGUAAGUUCUUUGUACUGGGAGUUUCAGUGUUGUUCCGAUGCACGGACUCAGUUGAUUUGCCGAGGUUCGUCGGUCCAGGGUCCAAUGUGACGGUGGCAGUCGGAAGAGACGCCGCGCUUACUUGCAGGGUUGAUAACUUACAAACUUACAAGGUCGCGUGGCUUCGCGUCGACACGCAGACAAUCCUCACGAUCGCGGGCCACGUGAUCACCAAGAACCAUCGCAUCAGCGUGAGCCACGGAGACGGAUCCUGGACCCUGGGGCUGAAAGAGAUCGGCCCUGGGGACGGCGGCCGGUACAUGUGUCAAGUCAACACCGAACCCAUGAUGAGCCAGACUCAUCUGCUGCAGGUUGUAGUGCCACCAGAUAUCGACGACGAGGCGAGUAGUAGUGAAGUGUUGAUCAAGGAAGGUGAUGAUGCAGCUCUACGGUGUAUAGCAACGGGCACCCCACCCCCCAAUAUAGCGUGGAGGAGGGAAGACUCCAGACACUUCAAAAUCGAUAACCAAACUUUGGUGUCCAAGUGGAGUGGGCUCUGGUUGAACCUGACCGGAGUGGAACGCGUAUCAUCGGGAGCGUACUUAUGCAUAGCCACAAAUGGAGUGCCGCCUUCGGUCAGCAAAAGAAUCCAAAUCAACAUUAUGUUUGCGCCAUCAGUGUGGGCGGGACGAGUUGCGAUAAGGGCUCCAGCAGGAGGUUCCGUCACCCUCCAAUGCACUGCUGAAGCUUUUCCUAAUCCAGGGGUAUACUGGACUCUGAACGGGGAGCAGAGGUUGGUUAACGGUACAAAGCACAGAUUAAGCAUGAGUUCGAGAGGAUACCGCCACACCAUCAGCCUGAUGGUGACGGACAUGUCCAGGGAAGAUGCCGGGGCGUAUCGCUGUCACGUAGAGAACACGCUUGGACGCGCCCAAGCGGAGCUGUUUCUGCAUUUGUUGACUACCACAACUACAACAACCACUACAACCACAACCACUACGACGACAACCACCACUACCACAGUUCCGCCUACAACCACGCAGAUGUCGUACGAUACCGAGCGGCACCUGGAACAACUGCAUCGAGGUGUCCUCGAAGAUCCUGGCCUAGACAACCCGUACAUUGUUCUGAGCCAACACCAAAUGCAGAAUCUUGAGAUGAUAACGACGAUGUGACCAGAGGCCGGGGUGCGCGGCCCGUGGAGCGAGGGCUGGCCCCCGCACGACUCCUCGUCAAGGUGUACCUACUCUUGGACCCUAGUGCUUCUGCUAGUGAUCCUAGCGUGACCUAGAACUGGACUGUGAGUGCUGUGAACACUGAAACCAAGGUUGUUGAGGGAUUGAGGGUAUCAUUGGGACAGUCUAGAUUUUUGUAAAUGGUGUUACGGUUUUGUGUAAUUGUGAUUAUGGUAAUUAUUAUUUGGUCAUGGUUGUGGAGUAAAAUAAGGAAGAAUAUCGGUCUGCUAACGGUGGCUAAACUAGUCCGUGGUGACGCAUGCGCUGUAUGGCGUUGAGCAUGUCAUAUACGAAUAUUUUUAAUUUGAUUUGACUUUCUGUCAACAGCUGUAAAUAGACCGUAAUUUAAAAGAUUUGACCACUAUCAAAACUGUGGAAAUAAAUUUUCAGUAUUAUUUUUUAAUGUUUGAAUAUUUGUAAACUAUAUGUUAAUGUGAAACAACGACUCUUUUCCCCUGUAAAUACAAAUAUUUGUAACAAUAGAUAAUAUAGAAUGGCUGUAAAUAAUUUUGCACGAACUUAGUCAUAUCAAAACAGAUACACUAUCUGUCAUACAUUAAUAUAAUAUUAGAAAAUAAAUAUAAUCCUAAAAAAUGUUUAGAUAUUGGCUUUUAUUCGUUCCAGAUUUUUAAAGUUAUGUUUUUGUUCUCUUUUGCGUCCAUUUUGUUUGGGCACGUUCUAUUCAUUCUGACAUUCAAAUAUUGCCAGCGCUUUGUGCGCUUAACUGCAAAAAUAGUUGUAAACUCUUUUAUUGUCAGGGAACGAACAGCGCGGCAGAGUUGUGGCAUUAAAAAUUCCUGUGUACACGUACCACAUUGAUAUUAAAAGCAUGUUUUUCUGAUGGAAAUCAGAGACAAAGCAUUUUAUUAAUUUAAAAAUAUCUAGAACGCAAUUACAAUAAACUAACCGUUAGUUUAAAGGCAGUGGAUACGCCCGUUUCGUGCAUCAGCUGCAACAGAAACAGCCGAAACGAAGCUUGAAAUUAAAUCUGAAUCUAUUUUAAAGCGAACUGUAGAAUGUAAACAAAACCUCUAAAUAGUAUAUAUUUUAAAUUCAACCGAUGCGCAUUGUACCAAAUAACAAAUCGCGUUUCGCUGCAUCGCUUUAAAGCAAUAUCUUUUACAACUCAGUGUAUUUUGUUUUUUUGAAUAUUUAAAUCUCAAUAACCUGAUAAUACGCUUAUGUGAUGGAUUAUCUCGCCCCAUUUCAUUUAAGCUUGCAUAAAUACAUUUCUUUUGCCUUACACUUAUUCGAGUCGAAAAUUCUGUGUUUUUCGUGAAUUGUAAAUGUGGGAUCGUGUGAAAUAAAUUUGUAUUUUUUGUUCCGUUUCGUUUGGGCUAAAUGUUCACGCCGAGUCUGAUGAUUCCGGCAAUGUUUUGUUAUAUAACGUCUGGAAAAAUGGACGGACAAAUCAGCGGAUUGCAUUAUUUAUGCGAACAACAAGUACUUUAUUUUACUUUGAUUAUUUAAAGAUUUCUGUUAGGUUUACACAUUAGUUACAAUUAUUUAAAUGUUCCAUAAACCACUUUAUAAGCAACCAAUAAGACAUAAAAGGCAUUUAAAAAUAGUAAAUGUUGUAAUAAAUAAAUAAGUUGGAAACACUGGCGAAAACUUCACGGAAGGAAUUUAAAAGCUUGUGUAAAUGCUAUUAACGCCAAGCUGUUUACUAGCUGUAGAACUGAACCUAGUGCUGUCAGCUUAAACGCUGCUGAAACCUGAAAUUCAACGCUUGAAAUUCUGGGUAUUAACCAAGACUUAUACGAAAAUUAUCAAGGGUUUAGUAUAAUAUUAACGUUGCAAAGUAAUCUGCACUGGAUCUAAUAGUACGUACAUAGUAGUCUUUAUAAAAUACAAGGAGUAUUUCAUCUUUUAGCAGUUGCCAGAAGUAAGCGAACUUUUUUUACUGGAUUUAAUCGGCAGACCCUUGAAUCUAUUUGUUUGAACUAGUCUUUAUGACAGAUUUUUUGGUGUAGUAAAGGGGCUGACGAAUACAUGGGCCAUGGUAACUACGAAAAUAUCAGAUAUAAAAGCCAUUUCAAUGUGAGAGCGAAAUGCCAAAAUUGGAUGCAUGGUUAAAUAAAGAAACCCAAAAAGUUUACUUAUAGAUCUCAUCAUAUAUCUAACGUAAGUGCGUGUACGAAUAUUGAGCAAAAAUCGUACAUUACCUAUUAAAAAAUUUCCACUCAUAGUUUUUUGGGUGGUUAAUUUAGUAUUUGAGAAAAUAAUGCUGCCCAAACAAAUGUAUAAACAGCUCAGGAAAUUUAAUGUAUAUAGUUGUAAUUGUUUCAACGAAUGCUUUUAUGUUAGUAUUAUUUUAUAUUACUAAAGUAUGGUAAAGUCGUAACUGUAAAAUGUCUACUUUGAAGCAUUUGAAAUAUUAUGUGGGUAGAAGUUUAUUGUAGUAUUGUUUUUAUUAUGUUUCAUAAAUUCGCAAUCGAAUUAAACAACUCAUUUAGUUAAAAAAGAUGAUUUUAUAAUCUUCUUAAAGUAGACAUUUUGCACAAGAGACAGCUCUACAAUAGUGUUGGUUAUUUAGAAGUUUUGUCUUCUUUAUUUCGUACCCGAAAUGUAUAUCUACUUGUAAAUGCCUAAUAUAUUGUAAAAAGCGAUUUAACAACUGUAUUGAAAUGUUCCGUUGUGAAAAAAUAAAGUAUCGAAACCAA